AUGAAGUUCUCAUCUGCCAUUCUUCCGCUCCUGCUGGCGCCCUUUGCCGCGGGAGAGCAUACCUCGAAUUGGGCGGUCCUUGUCUCUACGUCGCGCUUCUGGUUCAAUUAUCGGCACCUCGCGAAUGUUCUCUCGCUAUACCGCACCGUCAAGCGCCUUGGUAUUCCGGAUUCGCAAAUCAUUCUUAUGUUGCCCGAUGACAUGGCCUGUAACCCGCGCAACGCGUUUCCGGGAACCGUCUACAACAAUGCCGACCGAGCGCUCGAUCUGUAUGGAGAUAACAUCGAGGUGGACUAUAGGGGAUACGAGGUCACGGUGGAGAACUUCAUCAGGCUCAUGACGGACAGAGUCGCGGAGGAUAUGCCACGGUCGAAGCGCUUAAUGACCGACGAGCGGAGCAACAUUCUGGUGUACAUGACCGGACACGGAGGCAACGAAUUCCUGAAGUUCCAAGACGCUGAGGAAAUCUCUGCCUACGAUCUGGCAGACGCUUUCAGUCAGAUGUGGGAGAAGAAACGCUACCAUGAAAUUCUCUUCAUGAUCGACACCUGCCAAGCUAACACCAUGUACUCCAAAUUCUACUCCCCCAACAUUCUCGCAACCGGCUCCUCCGAAAUCGACCAAUCUUCGUAUUCGCACCACGCCGACAACGACGUCGGCGUCGCCGUCAUUGACCGCUACACAUACUACAAUCUCGAGUUCCUCGAAACGCAAGUCCGGGAUCCGACGUCCAAACUUACAAUGGGCGAUUUAUUCGACAGCUAUGACGAGGAGAAGAUACACUCGCAUCCGGGCAUUAGAUAUGAUCUCUUUGAAGGCGGGGAAGCGGUUGCGAGGAGUAGAUUGGUCAUGGAUUUCUUUGGGAAUGUGCAGAAUGUGGAGGUGGAUAAGGGUGGGGUGGGGAAUGAGGCGCAGUGGAGGGAGGAGCUGGAGGCUAUUGAGAGGAUGAUUGUGGAGGCGAAGAGGAGGCAUAAUGUGACGUUGAAUGUGCAACCGCAGACACAGCACGUUGUGGAAGAGGGGAAGCCAGCGCAAGCUCGGCAAAGUUUGAAGAAAGAAGGAGCUAUGAGGGUCGAUGAAGAGUCGGGAUGGUCGAAGCAGAUCGUUGGUGCCGCCACGCUUCUUGGAUGUGCUGGACUUUGGUUCGCUGGAUCCUGGUUCGAGUCGCAUUGA